AGUGCUUGCUCCUCUGCGGCCCCGCCCUCCCCCGCGGAGUGGAGCAGAGGGCGGCGGCGGUGGCGGCGGUGGCGGCGGCGGCUGCUAAAGCAGCCCGGGAGGAUGGCGGCGGCGUCGUCGACGCGGCGGAGAUGAGCGCCCGUGGCCCCAGGCCCAGGGCGGCGCGGCCGGAGUGGGCGGGGGUCCCGAUGCAGGCCCGAGGGGGGCCAUGGGGCAGGUCCUGCCGGUCUUCGCCCACUGCAAAGAAGCUCCAUCUACAGCCUCUUCUACCCCCGAUUCCACGGAAGGAGGGAAUGACGACUCAGAUUUUCGGGAGCUGCACACAGCCCGGGAAUUCUCAGAGGAUGAAGAGGAGGAGACCACAUCGCAGGACUGGGGCACCCCCAGGGAGCUGACCUUUUCCUACAUUGCCUUCGACGGCGUGGUGGGCUCUGGGGGCCGUAGGGACUCAGUUGUUCGUCGUCCCCGGCCCCAGGGACGUUCAGUCUCAGAACCACGGGACCCACCCCAACAGUCCGGCCUGGGUGACAGCUUGGAAAGCAUCCCUAGCCUGAGCCAGUCCCCAGAGCCAGGGCGCCGCGGUGACCCUGACCCCGUGCCUCCAGCUGAGCGCCCGCUGGAGGAACUGAGGCUGCGGCUGGACCAGCUUGGCUGGGUUGUCCGGAGUGCGGGAUCUGGGGAGGAUUCGGCCACCAGCAGCUCCACCCCUCUGGAAAAUGAGGAGCCUGAUGGAUUGGAGGCCAGCGAGGCUGGAGAAGAGACGAAUCUGGAACUCCGACUUGCUCAGUCUCUACAUUUGCAACUUGAGGUCCUGACUCCUCAACUUAGCCCUAGCUCCGGGACCCCCCAGGCGCAUACUCCAUCCCCACAAAGAUCUCAAGAUUCGAACUCCGGUCCUGAUGAUGAGCCUCUGCUGAAUGUGGUAGAAGAGCAUUGGCGGCUGCUGGAGCAGGAGCCAAUCACGGCCCAGUGCCUCGAUAGCACAGACCAAUCAGAAUUCAUGUUGGAGCCGCUCCUUCUAGUGGCAGACCUGUUGUACUGGAAGGACACCAGGACGUCGGGAGCGGUCUUCACGGGCCUCAUGGCCUCUCUCCUCUGCCUCCUGCACUUUAGCAUCGUGUCCGUGGCUGCGCACCUGGCCCUGUUGGGUCUCUGCGCCACCAUCUCUCUCAGGGUUUACCGCAAAGUGCUGCAGGCCGUGCACCGGGGCGACGGCACCAACCCUUUCCAGGCCUACCUGGACAUGGACCUGACCCUGACUCGGGAGCAGACAGAACGUUUGUCCCAGCAGAUCGCCUCCCACGUGGUCUCCACAGCCACACAGCUACGGCAUUUCUUCCUAGUGGAAGACCUGGUGGAUUCUCUCAAGCUGGCUCUUCUCUUCUACAUCUUGACCUUUGUGGGAGCCAUCUUCAACGGCUUGACUCUUGUCAUCCUAGGAGUGGUUGCUUUGUUUACCGUCCCCCUUCUGUACAGACAACAUCAGGCCCAGAUUGACCAGUAUGUGGGGUUGGUGACCAAUCAGUUGAGCCACAUCAAAGCUAAGAUCCGAGCUAAGAUCCCGGGGACCGGAACCCUUGCCCCAACAGCAUCAGUCUCCGGAUCCAAAGCCAAAGCCGAAUGAGAGGGGUGUCUUUGCCCGAUGGACGCCUGCCUAUACCCCAGCAGCCCUCUUCCCUUCCAUUUCCCGUGCAUCCACACCCUCUCCCACUCGGCCGAGCCAUUUCCCAGUGGGAAGUGCCUGAGCGACCCGGACUACAUUUCCUAAGAGGCUCUGCUCUAAGAGUCCAGGAAAAGGCCGCGGAGCCUGCUGGGACUUGUAGUUGAAUAGUCAGGACGCUGCCCUGCACUUCCGUGACCCACCGCUGGAGGCGCCGUGAGGGGUUGGUGCCUCUGAAGCCACCAACCCCUAUGCUGGGGCUUUGCAUGGGGCCCAGGCGAGCCUUGAGCUUGGAUUUACACUGUAAUAAAGAGUCCUGUGGAAAAUUCACUGC